AUGGACGAGAACAAGUCUCAACCUCUCCAUGUUACAGGAAUACUUGUAUAUCGUAUACAGAAACAAAUUGAAUUUUUAUUGUUAAACGAUACUUUUUCUCAUAAAAAACAUUGGACAUCUCCUAAGGGAGUAGUAAUUCGUCAAGAAGACGAAAAAAAAUGCGCUCUUCGUAAUACACUUGAAAUUACUGGUCUUUCCGUUAACGAUUUAAGAAUUGAAGACGAUUUUAAAGUUGAAAUUACCUAUCUUUCGGGAACCCGACCUAAGAGAGUUGUUUACUACCUUGCUCAAGCUUCAGACUAUGCACGAGUAUAUACUAGUGGAGAAGGCCUCAAUUUUGCGUGGUUGUCUCUUAAUGUCGCCACGGAAAAGGCCAUUUAUAAAAGUAUGCAAGAAGUCAUCAAAAAGGCUUACUCUUACAUUGCCAAAAAGAAACCACCAAAAAAUUCCGAUCCCCCACAAAGACCCCGCAUUGAAAAAAAUCAAAUCAAUAGCGACAGGCUAGACUCCAGGAUGAAAGUUUUAAACCUUGCUUUACCCUUAGAUUCGCAGCGUGCAGCAAUUUCUCGCCAGAGACUUGAGCUUGUUCGCGAGCGUCAGCAACAUAAUCGUCCAGAAAAGAACGGGAAUGGCUUUUCGUCACCUCUUCACUCACCUGUGAUGCCAUUUGAAAAUCCACUUUAUAAAACGCGUCUUUGUGAGCGUUUCGAAACCGAAGGUUUUUGUCCAUAUGGACCAAAAUGCACCUUUGCUCAUGGUACUGUUGAACUCAGGGAGAGACCAGCUGGUGAAGAGAAAAUCGAUGCCCCACUUACUGCAAAAGAUGGUCCAGAUAAUCCUCUAUAUAAAACACGUUUAUGCGAACGUUUUAUGAAGGAAAAUUUCUGUCAGUAUGGACCAAAAUGUAAUUUUGCUCACGGUGAGGAAGAAUUAAGGGAAAGACCUAAUGCCGGCCGAGAGAAUCUUGAGAGUGAUAGCCCUGAACCACAUCCCCCGACUAACAAAUAUCAACAUCCUCAUUAUCGACAAAAUAACCCUAGUGAAAAUGAUACAGAAAAGAAAGUGCACCCGUCGAAUACUGGCAUUAUCGGAGGGUGGCGAUCAGAACGAUCGGAAAUUCAUAAUGGAAUAUUUGGUCGUAUUUCCAUUUUAUCAGGUUCAGAUUCAAAUUCAAAUCAUGCGAUGACUAGUAGUCCUUCCCAAAUAGAAGAAACUCAAAUCGAAACAGAUAAUAAUAAACCUUUAGAAUACAAGAACUUGGAACCUGAUUCUGAAGAAAAAGGAAUGAAUGAGGAACGUAAAUUGACGGAAGAAACAGAACGAGAUAUGAAUUUUAAUCAUAAAGAACAAGAUGAAGAAUCAAAAGAAAAUUCAUCCUCACCACAUUUAUCUGCCAAAAACAUUAGUGGUAAACGUCGUGUUGGAAAAGAUAUAAUCGGAGACGAAAGAACAGACCAUCAAUCUCCCGGCGAUAAACGUCCACAUGAUGAAGCUUUCAUUUCUGAUCUUAAACGAGUUUUUUCUCAGAAUAAAUCAAUUACGGAAGAAAUUAAAGAGAUUACACUUAUCGAAACUAGGAAAGAUUUGUCUAAAUCACAAUUAUUUAAUAUAUUGAUUCCAAGUUUGUAUGAUGAAGCGACGUGGGAUGUAAUUAGCAAAGAUCUUGUGAAAAGGGAAAAAUUAUUUAAAACGUUUGUUCGUUCAAGCCAAGACCAAAUUACUUUUCUUAGAUCCUGGGAAAAGUUUUUGAAUGGGCGUAAUGCAAAUCUGAAAAACAAGGCGCAUCUAAUUUUCAAAGAUUUUUAUGAUAAAGACUUUAUUGAAGAAGAUUCUGUUUUGGAAUGGUAUGAUCAUGCUAAAGACACUAGUGAGGUUAAAAAGAAGUGUUCAGUUUUUAUCACUUGGCUUAAAAAUGCCGAAGAGGAAGAAGAAUAG